CAAAUCAAUGACUGGGCCACCAUGAUGACUACUGCUGCAGCCGCUGGACCUAUGGCUGACCCAAACGGGCACAAGUUUAAUAAUCUCAACUACUGGAAGGCUAGGAAGGUGACAUUCUACAAAAAUGGCGACCCCUAUUUCCCGGGAGUCGAGUUUCGUUUCAAGCCGGGUCGGGACGUGAGGAGUAUGGAGGCCCUUCAGGACAAGUUAUCCUUGAGGAUGGACUUGCCGCGCGGAGCGAGGUUUAUUUUCACCAUGGAUGGGACCAGGAUUAAUGCCUUAGAAGAGCUUGAUGACGGAGGAAAUUAUGUCGUGUCUUCCUAUAAGACUUUCAAGAACGCCAGCUACGGCAAGAAACCGCCCGGUGUGUGGUACCCUCCCAGCAACACGAUGGGGCCUCCCCAAGGUGGCGGAGGGGGCGGUUGGGGACCCCAAAGGGGUGGCUCCAUGAGCAGGAAGGCGUCGCUGGCUGAUGGAGAGUUGCCUCCGCCAGGGGGGGGAGGUGUGCCCCCAAAAACCAGUUCCGGUCGUGUCAUAAGGAUCAUCAACAAUCUGGAUCAUACGAUACAGUGUCGUGUGUUACUCAACCUCAGAACUUCACAGCCUUUCGAAGAAGUUCUAGAAGACCUGGGUCAAGUUCUCAAAAUGAACGGGGCCAAAAGAAUGUACACAAUUGCCGGCCAAGAGGUGCGCAGUUUCUCACAACUCCGCAACGAGUUCUCAGACGUGGACACGUUCUACCUCGGGCCGGGAGCAACGGGCCUUAAUUCGCCGGUGAGGCGAUCUCGAAGCAGGGGACCUGCCAUUCCACCAGCUGCACCUGUCUUGGUGGAGGGGAUAGGGCAUGAGGUGCCCAAGAGACGGUCACGGAGUAAGAGUCGGCCUAGGAAUCUGUAUGCUGCUGAUCCUCAGGAAACGGUCAGGGCUAAUGAUUUCUCCCUCCUGGAAAUAAUGAAGGAGGAACCAAUCAGAGUGACGAUAAGGGGGAUGCGACGUACCCUCUACCCCCCUCUUCAUCAUGCGCCCUUCGACAAUUCACCCCCCGAAAAAAGACUACAACUAGACUGGGUAUAUGGCUACCGCGGACACGACACGAAAAGAAACCUGUGGGUUCUGCCAACGGGGGAACUGCUCUAUUACGUGGGGGCUGUGGCAGUUCUUUAUGACAGAGACGAAGAGGCUCAAAGGCACUACACCGGACAUACUGAGGACAUACAAUGCAUGGACGUGCAUCCUUCAAGAGAGAUGGUAGCUUCAGGACAGAGAGGUGGACGUAAUAGGAAAACCCAGGCUCACAUCAGAAUAUGGAGUACAGAAACUCUACUUACUCUCUACCUCUUUGGCAUGGGGGAGUUUGAGGUUGGAGUAACUGCAGUGGCUUACUCUCAAAUGAACGGAGGAAGCUAUGUGUUGGCAGUGGAUGGAGGGAGAGAGAGGAUCUUAUCAGUAUGGCAGUGGCAGUGGGGUCAUCUAUUAGGCAAAGUUGCGACAAUGCAAGAAGAUAUGACAGGGGCCGCGUUCCAUCCUUUGGAUGACAACCUACUCAUCACACAUGGGAAAGGACAUCUCACAUUCUGGACAAGGAGAAAAGAUGGAUUUUUCGAGAGAACCGAUAUUGUGAAACCGCCGUCAAGGACCAACGUCACUUGUCUCCAGUUUGAGUCGGAUGGUGACGUCAUAACAGCUGACAGUGACGGAUUUGUGACUAUCUACUCAGUAGAUAGUGACGGAUCUUACUUCGUCCGGAUGGAAUUUGAGGCUCACAAUAAGGCAGUGACUUCUAUGGUGAUGUUAUCUGAGGGAACACUUUUGACCGGAGGUGAGAGAGAUAGGAGAAUUGUAGCCUGGGACUCUCUACAAAAUUACAAGAAGAUUACAGACACUAAACUGCCAGAAAUAUUCGGAGGAGUGAGAAGCAUAUAUCCCCAAAGACCGGGAAGGAAUGAUGGGAAUAUUUAUGUGGGGACAAUCAAGAACCAAAUAGUUGAGGGGUCAUUACAGAGGCGGUUCAAUCAGGUGGUUUUCGGUCAUCACAAGCAGCUUCUAGGCCUGGCAGUUCACCCUGAUGAUGAUCUAUUCGCUUCAGCUGGACAUGAUAAGGUUAUUGCCAUGUGGAGGAAACAUAAACUUAUCUGGUCAACACAGGUGGCUUACGAGUGCACUUCGCUUGCGUUCCAUCCGUUCGGAGUGGUUCUGUCUGUAGGCACAGCUGAUGGCCACCUCAUUGUGCUCAACUCAGAGUCAGGUGCUAUGGUCGCCACGGUCAGGGUCUGUGGGUCCAUACUCAGCUGUCAGAACUUUGCUCCUGCUGGGGACAUGUUGUCAAUAGGCUCCCAGAACGGCAGCAUUUAUCUGUUCAGAGUGAGUCGAGACGGCUUCUCCUACAAGAAGUCAAAUAAAAUCAGGGGGACUCAGCCAAUUGCGCAGUUGGACUUUAGCACUGACGGAUAUUUCCUACAAGUCCAGACCGGGGACUACGAUCUUGUAUUCUGGGAUAUACGGAACCUAUCUGUGGAGAAGAGUCCUGUCACAAUGAAAGAUACCAAAUGGUACUCACAAACAUGUACGCUCGGAUAUCUCAUAGCAGGUAUCUGGAACAAUCGCUACUAUCCAUCAACGUCAAUGAUUUCAACAGUCAAUCGUUCAGCUGCUCAUGAUCUGAUGAUUGUCGGAGAUACAGAGGGUUAUCUCAGAUUCUUCAGACAUCCUUGCGUGAGUGCAAAGGCUGAAUACCACGAGGAGAAAGUUUACAGUAUGCAGAUAUCUUGCGCCAGAUUUCUGUUUAAUGACCGAAAUGUGGUAACAGCUGGAGGAAGUGAUGCUACACUCAUGCUAUGGGACAUAGUAGACGAUUAGAUUCACAAAGAAAUAUAUUUUGAAUAACUAUUAUCAUCGAGAAAAGAUAUCACAUAUGGUUUGUAGAAUUCAUUCAGUUUUGAAGUUUUGUAUCGAAUUAAGGUGUAGUGUAUCAAGUUGAGAUGAUACUGUAUCAUUUAUGGUGAUAA